AUGGACGCUCGCUGCUCUGAAUUUCUUAGAUUUGUCUCCAACGUCCCCCACACUGCUCAUAACGGCUUCCUCUAUUCCGAUCGCAGGGCUGGCGGCUUAGGUGCCUCUCAACUGGCAAAAGAUUCGGACAUCUGGAUCAUCGCUCGUGCCGCUCAACUCCUCGAUAGCAACGAUCCGGUGGUCCGCCUCACUGCCAGAGCCCAGCUCAGCCAAAACAUCUCCAGGGGAUUCAACGGCAAGCCGCCUGAUCCGCUGCCCCUCUCUAACUACCUCUCUGGCUCGGUAGAAGGCGGACUCCACGACACCCGUUUCUACAAGUGUGGCUCCAAUACCUGGUCCCGUGCCAGGAAAUCAGCACGAAGACUUGAAGUUAGGAUCGAUGUAUCCGGCGAUGAAUCGACCAAAGUGAUCGCCGACGACGUCUCCUGCCUCUCGCUGAAAGCUGUAAGGGGCCUCCGCUCAGUCAUCCGGAAACGCUGGACAAUCUCCCUCACAAAUGCCUUGCAUCAGGGCAGGGUAGCAAGGGGGCUACUACUCGACCCAUCUAACGACGUUGCCCGCCUCUCAUCUCAUCGGACCUGCCUCUCAUUCAACGAGUGGAAUCUCAUCCACAAGAGCCGCCUCGGCCUGCUUCCGCUCCUCGGGAAUCCUGGUUGCUCUGCUCCCAACACCAAGUGCAGGAGAUGCAAGGUUGAUGCCGAGACUACCUCACACGUAACCAGCCACUGCCGCAGUAAUCUUCCGGCCAUUGGCCGCCGACACGACCUCGUGCUGGCGGAAAUUGUGAAAACCAUCACCAGGGCCGGCCAUGCAGCGUCUGUCAACAGAGUCUUCCCUGGUUCAACCCUGAGGCCGGACAUAGUCAUCUCCUCGACCGACCCACCAACAAUAAUUGAUCUCACCAUCACCUUCGACGCUCCCGAGUCCCUCGACGCUGGCCAUGCCAGAAAAAUAGAGAAAUACAGCUGCCUGGGGUUAACUCUGCCCUUCGUUAUUGGCGCCUUGGAAUCCUGGCUCCCCUCAAACAACGCAGUGGCCGUCGCCCUCAACAUCCCCCCGGCUCCUUGGCGCCGCCUCCGGAGGAAGUGCCGUCUGAUGGCCAUCCAGGGAUCUGUCUCCAUCAUUCAUCGCCACAUCCGCGGACAUGGGGAUGACCAGGAAGCCAAUAUUCCGGCUCCUUAA